AUGGUGCCCAAGGCGACAUCAGGCGAAUGGCGACCCUGUGGCGACUAUCGUGCCCUCAACAGCGCUACCAUUCCUGAUCGGUACCCCGUGUCUCAUCUUCAGGACUUUGCUGGAGCCCUUUUCGGCAAAGCGGUUUUCUCGAAGAUUGAUCUGGUGCGUGCUUUUCAUCAGAUUCCAGUCGCCCCUGAGGAAAUCCCUAAAACCGCCGUCACCACACCCUUCGGUCUCUUUGAGUUCGUACGCAUGCCAUUCGGUCUUCGUAAUGCUGCCCAAACGUUCCAAAGGUUCAUUGAUCAUGUCCUACGUGGCCUACGCUUUGCGUACGCCUACAUUGAUGACCUCUUGGUGACCAGCCUUGGUGUUUGACCGCCUUGACAAGUUUGGCGUUGUCAUCAACCCCUCCAAGUGCGUGUUGGGCGUGCCUUCACUCUAGUUCCUCGGCCACCAAGUCGACUCUGAAGGUUUGCGUCCCCUGCUCUCCAAGGUUGAAGCAGUUCGCAAUUUUCCUCCUCCGACUUCCAAGCGUCAGUUACAGCGAUUCCUCGGCAUGGUCAAUUUUUACCGCCGGUUCCUACCGAACUGUGCUGAUCUCAUGUUGCCGCUCACCAACAUGCUUUCUGGUCCCAAAGGUCCCCUCGAGCUGACGGGUGAAGCACUGACUGCUUUUGAGAGAAUCAAGAAUUCCCUUGCAGAUGCCACCUUACUCACACAUCCCGCUCCCGAAGCUCAGCUGUCUCUGAUGGUAGAUGCCUCGACUGUAGCCGUAGGUGCAGUCCUUCAACGACACCUUGCUGGUUCGACUCAACCACUUGCCUUUUUCUCCAAAAGCUCUUACCAGCUGAGACACGCUACAGUACCUUUGGCCGUGAACUACUUGCCAUUUACCUGGCUGUGAAGCAUUUCCGGCAUUCCCUUGAAGGUUAUGACUUCACUGUCUUCACUGACCACAAACCGUUGACUUUUGCACUUCGUUCCCACACUGACAAACUAAACCCCCGGGAAAUCCGCCAACUGGACUACAUCUCACAGUUUACCUCAGACAUCCGCCACAUCGACGGGUCACGCAAUGAGGUGGCUGACGCACUGUCCAGGCCCUCUUUUGCUCAUCUUCAGCUUUCACCCGGGAUAGACCUCGCUGAGAUGGCCGCUGAACAACGCCGUGUCGGUCCACCCUGUGAUGAGGCUGUUUCAGGACUCCAACUUCAGGAACUACCACUGACAACUAGCAACGGCACCAUUUUAUGCGACGUAUCCACCCCUUCCCACCGUCCAUUCGUGCCACCAUCCCUCCGCCGUAAAGGCUUCUCCUCCCUGCACAAUCUCUCUCACCCUGGGAGUCGAGCAACCGACAAGCUGGUUUCCGACCGCUUCGUAUGGCCUGGGAUGCAAAAAGACCUGAAAGCAUGGACACGGCAUUGUAUCCCCUGUCAACGGAGUAAGAUCCAGCGGCACAACAAGGCCCCCAUUGGCACCUUCCCCCGUCCUGGUUCAAGGUUCAGCCACGUUCACCUGGACAUUGUAGGCCCCCUGCCUAUGUCCAAUGGUUGUUCCUAUCUCCUCACAUGUGUGGAUCGGUUCACUCGGUGGCCUGAAGCAAUUCCCCUGCCUGACAUUGCUGCUCCAACGGUGGUCAAGGCUUUUCUCAGUCGUUGGGUUGCUAUCUUGGGUGCACUCUCCACAAUCACGACUGACCGUGGUGCCCAGUUUGAGUCUAACCUCUUCCAGUCUUUACUUUCCUUUUUAGGCUGUACCCGCAUCCGGACGACAGCCUAUCACCCGGCUGCUAACGGGAUGGUCGAGCGGUUUCACCGCCAGCUGAAGGCCUCCCUACGCGCCGCGGCCGAUCCGGAGAACUGGACCGAUCACCUUUCCCUGGUCCUCUUGGGCAUCCGCUCCGCUCUGAAGUCGGACCUUGAUUGUUCCUCAGCUGAACUGGUGUUCGACUCCACCGUCCGACUCCCCGGUGAGAUGAUCUCAUCAACCCCGCGAGGUGUAGCUGAGGAUCUCACCAACCUCCUGCAUCGCCUCCAGCAGUUUAUGCGGACACUUUCCCCGGUUCCUCCCAGAUCCUCCACCUCUCCGUCUUAUCUCGAGAAGGACUUGGCAACGUGCUCUCACGUCUACCUUCGAUGUGAUCGAGUCCGCCGGCCCCUGGAACCACCCUACGACGGCCCAUUCCGAGUUAUUUCUCGUGGGACGAAAAACUUCCGCAUUCAACGCGGAACUCGUGAGGAGGUCGUGAGCGUGGACCGUCUCAAAGCUGCCGUCCCGGACACUCCUCUGGAUGAGCCCUGUGGUCCCCUACCCCCUGCUCCGCCUCCCCGCCCCGCUAUCCCUCCGUCCCGUAUACUUCCUCUGCCCCCAUGUCUGCAACCCACAACUGCAACUACUCCUUCAUCAACCAGCAACACUGUAACCGCGAGCCAUACUCACUCUACUCCUGUGCCCCCUGUAUAUAUCACCCGUAGUGGACGUCAUGUUCACAUUCCUGACCGUUUGGUUACUCAUGUUUUGUAGACAUCAACAGUUCCUUCGGCAUCGUUACGCGCCGCUUCGGUCUAGCCGGGGGGUACUGUGGCAGUUCGCGUUUCCUCGCCCUCCGCAUUUGUCACGCUGCCAUCCUGUCCUCCUCACACUCCGUGUCGAUACGCUGCUGGGACGCGCGAGUGCUCGAAGCCAAUCAACGUUGUCCCCCUCUGAUUGGCUGGCGGACGUGGGGAUAACGAGGGGCGCACACACGCGCUGACACAACACCUUGAAGGCGGACACAGACAACAGCUUGCUUGGAGCGCGCUCGCGGCGACUGCCUACAGGGCCCUUGUGUACGCGCUUCCUGAGGCAGUAAAGGUUGUCCAACUCAAACCGUCUUCCCUGACUUUUGAUUGAAAAUUUUUAUCGUGUCGACCACACAAUAUUCGACACAGUAAGGACAGGAUGGAACUGUGACUACCGAGCUGGUGGUUACUGCAACGGUGCUGACGGUGGUGGAGUUAUUUGUGCUGGUAGUUGAAAGGUGCUUGGUUGUUGGACGUGAUCUGGCUGUGCACAAACUGUGGCAGAUCUCGCUGACGUGUAUGUGCAUAUGACCGAAAAAACUCAUUCGGUCUUUGAAUGUCCUGAGGCACUGCAAGCACAUUAGGUGUGUGGCGGACGCGUUAGGACUGCAAGCAUUUGUUCACCGGUUUCAGUACGAUGGAUUCUCAAGCAACCGAUAAUGCCUAUGCGUGUUGACGAAGGGCAAUCGCAAAGGAGACAGAUUGUAAUCGAGUCUGCAAUUAUGGUGAUGCUUUGCAAGAUUGAAGGAGUGCCUCCACCGGUGAUGAUGGUGUUGGUGGUGCGUUGUGGGGCGAGGGGUGGGUUGACUCUGCGGAUAUUAUACUGGGCCCGCAGGUGUCCAGCGGGUCCGAUCCGCGCCCGGAAUGUCCGUCAACGCUAGGAGAAUAUGGCAGGGGUUGAGUACUGGCGUCAUUGGUCUGUAGCACUUGGGUCUCACGGGUCUAUCUCCUUCUCCUCGGUUGGCUUCGUAGACGGCUGCUUCAGUCUUUAUGGCAGCGUGCCAUGCCUGUGGAUCUUCCGUUAGGUCCUCACAGACCUUCGGAUGGGUUUGUAAGUGCUUUAGGAAGGUCUUCAAAGUGUACUUGUGGUGACGUUUUCACCACCCCCCCUUCUCUGUGAUCACUCGUAGCGUGGUCGCCGUAGAACAGCCACGCGCGCGGGCGCCCGUCGUCCAUCAGAGCGUUAUAGCUGUUCUAUCGCAGUUGUAUCUGGAUCAUCGUGAUGAUGAUGAUGAUGAUGAUGAUGAUGAUGACGACGACGAUGAUGAUGAUGAUGUUGAGAACAUAGAUUCCUACGGGAUCUCAGUGUCUGGGUUCCUUGCCUGCCACUUCGCUUACAGAUUUCCUCAGAGGCAGCUGAAGCGAAAAUGGUUGGCACAUCUCGCCUAG